UGGCUACAUACAUCUGGAUUGCUGGUACCGGAGAGAAUGUCCGAGCUAAGACUCGAACUCUUGAUCAGGAACCAAAGUCACCAGCUGAUAUUCCAUGGUGGAAUUUCGAUGGUUCAUCAACUGGGCAAGCUGAAGGUUCAAAUUCCGAUAUCUAUCUCAAACCGGUGUCGAUCUUCAACGAUCCAUUUAUGCUCGGUAAAAACAAACUUGUCAUGUGUGAAACAUAUAAGUACAAUAAAGAACCAACUGCAACGAAUAAACGAGCUUCAUGUGUAGAAGCAAUGAAAGCAGUAGC